UUUUAAAAUCAUUAAAAUUGUUAAAAAUUUCAGAAACGUAUAAUGCAUAAUUUAUUUCAUCUUGGAUAAAUUAACCAUCGUCCAAAAGUCGUUUCUUCAUCAAAACAUUUCGACGUUCACUAUAGCAUGCCACGAAAGAAACCAUACAGUGUAAAACAAAAGAAAGAACAGCUUAAAAAGAAAAGACAACACUCAGAUAAGCAGCAAGGUAGAACAGUAAAUACUCAAACUACAAAAAUUUUAAAAAUUCGGUCGGUAUAAAUUUUGUAGUAGAAAUUCUGCUGUAAUGGUUGUGGGAGGUUGAGCAUAUUAACUAUUAAUGCGCAAGUCAAUCUCGUUUUGAGAAAUAAAAUCGCCUGGCAUUAGCCAGAGGCAAAUAAUAAAGGAAGGGUACAUAGUAGCUUAAUAGUAUUACCCAAAGUUAAUAAGUAACUGAUUAAUAAGUGUUGAGCCACAAUGAUCGAGUUGUUUCAGAAAUUAUCCACACUCCCCCCGUCGGGAAGGGAAAAUUUGUUUCUGAUAAUAAUAGGUGUAUUAGGGCUUCUGAAGCGGGUAGGGGAGUUUAAUAACUUGCAAUCUUCCAAUUAUGAGGUAUGUAUGUUAAAUUCUGGAAUGAUGAUUGACCCAAUUUACUUCAAUAUACCUAUUAUUUAUUUCAUAUAUUCUCUAUAUAUCUAAUAUGCUAAUGCCAGAUAGUUUUGGUUUUUAAAGGGACUUAAAUGUUAUUGGCUUAAUUAACAAAUCAAAUAUAUCAGACUGCUGCCUGAGGUCAAAAUUUUCCCACCAUAUAGUGCAAUUGUUUAAUGCAGAUCUGUGAUUUUGAGGCAUAUACAUUUCUCUUUGCAUGCCUCUCUCCAUGUAGAAACAAGAUUCAAACAUGGCGGCACAAAGUCGACAGUCUUGCAAGAGCCGAGUGAUUCCGAUUCUGAAGACUCCACACUAGCAUCGUCGCUUGCAAAGCUACACCUCAGCCACAAACCUCGCCGAGACACUGCCCAGACAUUGACUGGAAAACAGUACGACCCAGAUAGGUGGGACAUUGUUGUUUGUUGUGUAGAUAGUGCAAUAUGUUAUACCUUCCAUCUCUAUGACAGAGCUAGGUUCAAUUCCUGCAUGACACUCAGAGGUUCAAUUCCAGCAAUAUGUAUAGUAACUUGUUACUAAACUCAACAAUGUCACUAAACUCGAAGACUUAAUUAAGUGACAAAUGACACCAGAGACUGCCAAUUGAUCUGAGGGGUUCAACUACCUGAAAAACACAAGUAAAACAUUGAUGUUUCUUCAUUGUGAAGUUAGGGCCUUCAUGCACUCAAAACAUUGCAGUUACUUGUAUUUUUUAAGGGUAGUUGAAUCCCAAGGAUCAAUAAUUUCUGCAGUUAUCUGUUACAAUUUGACAUCAGAAAGAUCAGUUGUAUGUGAGACAGGUGUUUUCUGGUUUCUUUCUGUAUAGUAACACUGCAUGAACCAAUAGCCGCGGGGCCAGCUCUCAGUUAUUGAAACUCUAGGAAGAACAGUUUAAAACUAAGAGCUAUUCAUGAUAUAUAAAUUUAGUUAAGCUUUAAGUAUAUUUAAAAUUCAAAACAUUUUUCCAAUCAAGGUACAAACUAUUUUUCCAAACUGAAACCAAUGAAGAAAUUGAGGAGAGAAAACAGCAGGCUAGAAGGCCAAUUGUCUAUCUGUCAAAGGUUUGAUCUAUUAAAUUUAAUUGCACAGUUUUUGUUUUAUAAUUUGAAUUUUUUAUGACUAUCGUUUCUUCAAAAAAAUAGCUUGAACUGGAAUAUACGAUUGAAGAUAUUUAUAAGCCAGGAACAGGUAAUCUAUUUGAUUGUCAUAAUACCACCACCAUUGUCACGAUCACCAUUGUCACAACUACCAUCAAGUCACAACUACCAUCAUCAGCACCACCAUCAUCAUUAUCACCACCAUAGUCACGACCACCAUUGUCAUGGCUACCAUCAUCAUCACAACUACCAUCAUCAUUACCACCACCACCAUCGUCACGACCACCAUUAUCGUGACUACCAUCAUCACCACAACUACCAUCAUCAUUACCACCACCAUCGUCACGACCACCAUUAUCGUGACUACCAUCAUCACAUUAUAACUACCAUUGUGACGAUCACCAUCAUCAUCAUUACCACCACCAUCGUCACAACCACCAUUCCAUCGUCACAACCACCAUUGUGAUGAUGGUGGUAAUGAUGAUGAUGGUGGUAAUGAUGAUGAUGGUGGUAAUGAUGAUGAUGGUGGUAAUGAUGAUGAUGGUGGUAAUGAUGAUGGUGAUCAUCACAAUGGUAGUUAAUGUGAUGAUGGUAGUUGGUGGUAAUGAUGAUGGUGAUGGUGGUGGUAAUGAUGAUGAUGGUGGUAAUGAUGAUGGUGAUCGUCACAAUGGUAGUUAAUGUGAUGAUGAUGAUGGUAGUUGUACCAUCAUCAUCAUCACAUUAACUACCAUCAUCACGAUGGUAGUUAAUGUGAUGAUGAUGGUACAACUACCAUGUUGGUAGUUGUACCAUCAUCAUCAUCACAUUAACUACCAUCAUCACGUAGUUAAUGUGAUGAUGAUGGUACAACUACCAUGUAUGGUAGUUAAUGUGAUGAUGGUGAUCAUCACAAUCACCAUCAUCAUUACCACCAUCAUCAUCAUCACCAUUAUCAUCACCUCAUCACUCAUCAUCAUUACCACCACCAUCGUCACAACCACCAUUGUGAUGAUGGUGGUAAUGAUGAUGAUGGUGGUAAUGAUGAUGAUGGUGGUAAUGAUGAUGAUGGUGGUAAUGAUGAUGAUGGUGGUAAUGAUGAUGGUGAUCAUCACAAUGGUAGUUAAUGUGAUGAUGGUAGUUGUACCAUCAUCAUCAUCACAUUAACUACCAUCAUCACGAUGGUAGUUAAUGUGAUGAUGAUGGUACAACUACCAUGUAUGGUAGUUAAUGUGAUGAUGGUGAUCAUCACAAUCACCAUCAUCAUUACCACCCACCAUCAUCAUCAUCACCAUUAUCAUCACCUCAUCACCAUCCAUCAUCAUCACCACCAUCAUCAUCACCAUCAUAAUCAUCACCAUCAUCACCAUCACCACCAUCAUAAUCAUCAUCAUCACCAUCAUCACUACGACCACCAUCAUGAACACCAUGGUCACAUUAGUUACCAUCAUCAUCAUCAUCACCAUCAUCACUACGACCACCAUCAUGAACACCAUGGUCACAUUAGUUACCAUCUAACCGACACAGCUACUACGACCACCAUCAUGAACACCAUGGUCACAUUAGUUACCAUCUAACCGACACAGCUACCUACCACCUCUCUUUAAGUGUUGGACAUGCCAAAGAGACCCAAAUGGAAUUACAAAAUGGACAAACGACAGGUUGAAGCGAACGAAGAAUCCAUGUUUCGACACUACAUCAGAGACAUAAAACAUGAACACCCUGGCACAGAGCUCAGUUACUUUGAAAUGAACCUCGAGGUACAGAAACAAAAAAACAUGCCUGUCAAAUUUAAAACUGUUCUUAAAGACUAACACACUAAUUUUCCUCACUCAAGACUUGGCGACAAUUAUGGCGUGUUUUAGAAGUGUCCAACAUCGUUGUCAUUAUCACAGAUGUACGAUACCCAGUAAGUAUUGAUUGUGCUUUAUAUUAUCAGUUUAUAUAUUUAUUUAUCGAAUCCAUGAUCCCAGAGGUGAAAGGCACUUGCUCUGAUGCCUGGAGCCCUGUUUUAAUACAAGCAGCAAUCAGUUGAACCAUUGAGAACUUCCAUUUUUCAGCAAUUUUAACAUUGAUAAUGAUUCUGUAUUAUAGAUUAUACAUUUUUCACCAACACUUUACACCCAUGCAAGAGAAGAUCUUAAAAAGGAUGUCAUUCUUGUUUUAAAUAAGGUGAAGUUAAAGUCUCUGUUCAUGCUUAUAAGAGCAAGCAAAUUUAUAAACUUAUAUGAAUCCUUCAAUUCGAUACAUUGGCCACCAAAUACAAGACUUCUGCAUAUAAUGAACAGAACUAUAAGUAAACAUUAUAUUGCUGCACAAUACUGUAGUGCUUAGUGAAACCAGGAUCAGUUCUCACCACAAAAUGUUAUUGUAUUGUUUUAAAUUGACAAUUAUUUUAUCUUCAUUUGAAUAUUUUAGAUUGAUUUAGUUCCUCCUGAAGUCGUGGUUGCUUGGAAAGAUUAUUUUCAUAAAAAGUUUCCAGACCUUCAUAUUAUAUGUUUUACUUCAUUCCCCAAAGAUCCCGAAGAAAUAAGACAAAUGGAAAUUAAAGGUUUGCUGUUGAGUUAUUGGUCUGACAAACUUAGGCAAAGAUUAAGAUACUUUGUUUCAAAAUUAAUCUCUGCAUAAACACGGCCAACAGAUGGGAAUUAAACUAUCUACUCAGAUGGUAAAUAAGCAUACAUUGUUAGCAAUAUUUUGUUUAUACUGCAGCGUAGUGUUACUGCUUUCAAAUAAUAUAUUUUACAUUGUGAUUUAGUGAAGAAACGUUUACGGAGACGAAAGAAGAGAUCGUUUAUUCCAGUCGGUCCAAGAGAACUACAUCAUGUGUGUGAGAAACUGAUGCACGGCAAAGGUUGGUGACAAUGGUGAUGACAGUAAUGUUGUGAUGAUCAUGGUAAUUGUGAUUACAUGGUAAUGGUGAUGUUGGUAAUUAGGGUGAUGUUGGUAAUUAGGGUGAUGUUGGUAAUUAGGGUGAUGUUGGCAAAUGCUGGUGAUGGUAAUGUUGAUGAUGAUGGUAAUGAUGGGUAAUGAUGGCAAUGGUAAUGAUGGUGGUGGUAAUGGUGGUAAUGAUGUUAAUGGUAAUGAUGUUAAUGAUAAUGAUGGUAAUGAUGGUAAUGGUAAUGAUGGUAAUGUUGAUGAUGGUAAUGGUGAUGAUGGUAAUGGUGAUGAUGGUAAUGGUGAUAAUGGGAAUGAUGAUAAUGAUAAUGGUAAUGGUGGUAAUGGUAAUGAUGGUAAUGGUGAUAAUGAUGGUAAUGGUAAUGAUGGUAAUGGUGAUAAUGGGAAUGAUGAUAAUGGUAAUGGUGGUAAUGGUGAUGAUGGUAAUGGUAAUGAUGGUAAUGGUAAUGAUAGUGAUGGUAAUGCUGGUGAUGGUAAUGAUAGUGAUGGUGACAGUGAUGAUGGUGCCAGUAAUGAUGGUGAUGAUGGAUGAUAGUGAUGGUGACAGUGAUGAUGGUGCCAGUAAUGAUGGUGAUGAUGGGUGUGGUGACAUUCUGGUGAUAAAAUAGGAUUAUAAAAACUAGUUUAAAAUUUUUAUGUAGUAAACCUGAAAGAUUGGUUACAUCAUAUUGAAGAUCAGGAGAAAAACACUGAUGAAGGAGUGACAUAUGAAGAGACCUUAUCAUCUGAUGAGAACGAAGGUAUUACAAAUAAUGGAGAUACACCAGUAAUCUAUCAGUGUCUUCUAUGUCUACCACAGUUCUGUGGUGUUUCUUUGCAGAUGAUGGUUCAAUGUUUGAAGAAGUGGAAAAGAAAGAAGGCAUUUUAACCAUUGGACUUGUGGGUGAGUAACAGGAAAGAAUAUUCUUCAAAAGAACAAAGAGAAAAAUUUCUUUAUUUUAAUUGUCAAACUAAAGUACGAAUAUCUGGCUUUAAUUUAAUAAGACUAUUCACACUGUCGUAUUUAGUGUAAACCAACAAUUCCAUUUCCACCAUUAGGUCAUCCAAAUGUCGGAAAAUCAUCGCUACUUAAUGGUCUUAUUGGUAGAAAGGUCCGUAAUUUAAGUGUGUAUGAAGUACCAGAAAAAGAUAUUAAAAAUACACUACAAUAGACUAUUAGCUUUCACUGCUUAUAAAGCCUGUAAAAUAUUACCUAGAUACUAUUGCUUGAGAUAUUCUGUAUGUAUAUUUUACAGGUUGUGAGCUGUUCAAGGACGCCAGGUCAUACCAAACAUUUUCAAACUAUAUUUCUAACGCCAUCUGUACGACUAUGUGACUCCCCUGGUCUUGUGUUCCCAUCUCUUGUUAACAGAAGGCUGCAGGUAACCCCAAACAUUCUGGACAAAACCAUGCAGAAUUUGUUUUAUUUUAAGUAGCACAAAACCAAACUAAUAGAUAUAAAAGGCUAACAUUGUUAAUGAUGGUAGUGGUGAUGGUGAUGAUGAUGUCUGAUGAUGAUGGUGAUUGUGAUGAUGGUGAUGAUGAUGGUGGAUGAUUGUGAUGAUGGUCAUUGUGAUGAUGGUAGUAAAUGUACCAUCUUACAUUAUGAGAACAGUGGUACCUCAAUCUAGUCUAACUUCCUCCUCAGAUUCUAUCCGGGACAUACCCAAUAGCUCAAGUCAGAGAGCCUUACUCUGUUGUUGGCUACUUAGCGGCAUGCACCCCCCUGGAAAAAGUCCUCAAGUUGGUACAUCCGAAGGUAGCUCAAGCGAAAGAGGAUGGCGAGGAUGUUCCCGAGGAUCUAGAGUGGUCAGCAUGGGAUAUAUGUGAUGGUAAUGGUUUAGUCUUGAUAGGAGCAAAUUGUAUUUGUUUGUCAAGAUAUACAUGGCUACUUCAUAUAUUGAAAAGAACAGAUAACUACAGGAUCACCAUCAUCUAUUGCACAAUACUGUGCUUAAAGAAGUCAAGCAAUAUCAAGCAGCAGAUGAUGUUCAACUACAUAUAUGCUAAUAACAUGCAUUUUAUGUUAAUUUAUUAGCUUGGGCGGAACAAAGAGGUUUUCACACUGCUAAAGCCGGCAGACCUGAUACAUACAGAGCAGGUAAAGAUAUCUGCAUCCUCCCAACAUAUGAUUAGAACAAUUUAUACCAUUAUGCUUUGAAAAACCAUUUCACUCACAUUUUUCGCUUAAAUACUGUACUUAGACACAUUUGUUCCAUUCUAUGCUUACAUUAUCAGAACAAUGGUAAUUGGGUAAUUAUGUGAGUUAUUUGAAAAUGUUAAUUGGGUUUCCACAAACAAAAACAUGUGUUAGCUGUUUAGGUCAAUCCUCUUCAAUUUGUGCAAUGAGCCAGUUAGCGACCUGAGGGAUGUAAUUUAUUGCAGAAGUGAAUGUACUCCCUGACUCCCAUCUUUUCCUUAUACAUUCUAGCCAACAGUCUUUUGAGAUUAGCCACAGAUGGAAAGAUUGUGAUGUGUCUCUACCCUCCUCAAUUCACUUCAAAACAAGGUAUGAAAUGGCUCUAUUUUAAGCUCUAUGGCUAAUCACCCUUACUUGCUGCAGCUGAGGGCUAUUUGUUAGCUUAACUGGGAAGGAUGCAGCUCAACAUAUCGAGUCGAAUGCUUUCUAAGGGCAGGACUCAUGUCCAAUCACGGACUAUACUGUCAAAAUUCCCUGUGGGAAGAAACUGCAGUACCAAGAGAAAACCAACUACUUUCGGUCGUACGUUGACCGACGCUUUUCACAUAAGUGUCAUGAGUACGCAGCAAGAAUCAAACCCACGAUCUCAGAAGUGAAAGGUGCCUUGCUCUGAAGAUUGCAACCUUGCAGCUCUGUUGAGCUUAUUGGGAGUUUAAGUCUUGCGUUCAAUCGUCAAAUGGCAAACGCCAGGGGAAGAAAUAAUUUACGCUACAAGGUAUUUUAAGAAUGUAUAAUGAUUCUUUUGAGAUAAGAACGAGAAGAUGAAGCGAAGAAGUUAAGCAAAAAUUCUGCCAACAAAAUUCGACUCUGCUGUUUGUCGUUCCCGCAAACGUGAAACUGCCCAAUGCCUAUUCUUCAUUACUGUUGUCUACAAUAUUUUUUGUUAAACUAUAAUUUUUCCUGCCAUAGAAACUUGGAAAGCACAUUCGGAGACGAAGGACAUCGCAAAACUACAACAGCAAUUUAGUGACUUAAAACAGUGGAGAUUGGAGGAGGCCACCAGAGAAGCUGAGAGUAAUUCAUCUGAACACGAGCAGACUGGUAGCGAGGAAGACGUUCAUGUGUGCAAUGCAUUCUCAUUGUUGGAGCAAGAUGAUUGAAAUAUUCCGUGUAAUAUAUAGCUUGAAAUUGUCCGUAUGAUUGGAAAAGUUGUAUAAACAAACUAAAGGUUCAAUUAUUAUAAACUAAAGAUUCAAUUAUUUUGGAUAACAUUGCGUGGUGAGCAGUAGAAUAUAUUAUGUUGCAGUUUAAAAUGUUUUAGUAAAAAACUUCUACAUGGUGAAGUAAAAAUGUUCCUAUUUUCUGUGGUAGGCACCUUACCGCAACAAUAACUGCAAUAUAUAUGGGUGAGAAAUAUUAUUCAAACUAAAUUUAAUUUAUGUUAUUUCUAAUAUCUAGUUACAGUAUCUGUUAUUUUCAAAGUUUGAAAACGUUGCAAAACGAAAUACAGACAUUUUCCCUGUAAGCAAUGCACAAUGGCCUCAUUUUCAGUGAACAAUGGUUUGCACUGUCUAGUAAACAAGUUUCAUUAUAUGGACGUGAGUGGCCGCGCGGAAUGAAUUCCCUCGCCCCAAGAUAACGGUCGGUUUCGGCCAACCUCGGUCUCUUUCUUAGAUCCUGGGAACGAGGUUGGGUUUCGGCUUAGUUCCUAGCUUGAGAAAACAUAUUUACGAACUGCAGACUUAUAACGUGUAGUUAAAGUUUAUUAACUUUGAAAAAAAUUUAGUGAGUUCUAAAUUGUAAUUAUAUAUGUGAUAUAAUGCGCAUAAUAUGAAUCUUGAAAUAAUACUGACUUUACUUUAUACAUAUCUUCCAAACUUUUGCUUUCUUUUUAAAAUGUCUCAAUUGGUUGUCGGGCAUUCUUCGUACUAAAACCAAAUGUUCGACCAUAUCUAAACUUUUCACCUGUAAGAAAAUUAUGUGAAUGUCAGUUGCAGUUAUGCACGUGUUGAUGACACAGUGCAUGGCACCUCUGU